AUGCCAUUUUCUGUUGCCCAUGUUGAGGAAUUGAGGAAGCUUUUUGGUGUGGAAGAUGAAUCAAACAUGGAUGAAUAUAUACAAGACACCCUUGAAAUAUGUGAGAAGAGCCCCAUUCAAGGUGAGAAGAGAACUUGUGCAACUUCCGCCGAGGAUCUUAUUGAUUUUAUCGUCGAAGAAUUAGGGCACUAUGUUCAUUCAUGGAGUACUGAAAGUGUGGAAGGAUCUUAUGAGAAUGCCACAAUUGGAGUUGUGAAACUCAUAUAUGGAAAUCUUUCUGAAUCACCAGCCUUGUGUCAUAGCCAGCCAUUCUUAUUUCAAGUCUAUUAUUGCCAUGUCUUACAGAAAGUAAAAGUAUAUGCAGUUGAUAUACAUGCUCGAAAGAAAGUGAAUCGUGCGAUCAUGGCAUGUCACUAUGACACAUCAACUUGGAAUCCAAAUCAUCUUGCUUUUACAUUACUGGGUCUUGGCCCAGGCCAAAUUGAAAUCUGUCAUUGGAUAAAUGAGAAUGGAAUAGUCUGGACAAAGACUUGA